CCGAGAAAGAAGAGAAAGCGAAGCAGCGACCAGGCGGUAGCAGCAAUGGAGAGCCGAAGGACUGGGAGGGUGAGCGAAAAUGUUCGAGGGACAUGGCGUGGCGGCGUGACAAGAUAAAGGGAUCUCGGUCCGCAGCAGGGAGUUUGUCUGGAAAACAAAGUCACGGGCGAGGAGUCGAGCUGAGUGUCUGGGAGCAUUUUCAUUUCGCUUUGCUUUGGUCUCACCUCGUUUAACCUGAUCAGUGCGCACACAACGUUUCUGCUGAGCGGUAUCUGCAGAGAGAAAGAAGUCUGUGGCUAACAACCUCCUCUGACAGGAUAAAAGUAUGAGUCGAGAUGGGUGGGCGAAGAAGAGAGCCAGUGCCAGUGAAGACAAUGGUUGGGCCGAAAAGGGCGGCUACAUGGCUGCCAAGGUUUCGAAGCUGGACGAGCAGUUUAAACUCGACGCCCCCAGAGAAAAGCAGAAGCAAGGAACGUGCUCCAGCAUCUUCAGUGGCGUGGCUAUUUAUGUCAAUGGCUACACAGAUCCAAGCGCAGACGAACUACGCAGACUGAUGAUGCUGCACGGCGGCCAGUUCCACGUCUACUACUCGCGCUCCAAGACCACCCACAUCAUCGCCAGUAACUUGCCUAAUAGCAAAAUUAAGGAGCUCAAAGGGGAAAAGGUCAUCAGGCCAGAGUGGAUCACGGACAGUAUCAAGGCCGGGCAUCUCCUACCUUACAUACAGUACCAGCUGUAUGCUACACACAGAGGACCCAUCUUCCCUGGCAUGACUCUUCGCCAAACCUCAGAGAUUGCAGAAUCAAGUCACGGACAGCUCCAGCCAAAUGUCCAUCAAAGACUUCAUCCGCCACAAUGCAAAAUUAAACGCUCUCCCCUCAACAAUGAGCAGCCGUCAGCCAGCUGCCAGAACAACUCCGCCUCUAUCUCCAGUCACAGUCGACCUCAACCCCAGUCCGCCCGGCGCAGCUCCGCGGCUCACUCUGUUAACCCCCAACCAAGUCAUUUAGCAUCCAGUCACCUCAUUACAGAUCCCAGGCACAGAAGCCCUUUACACACCCACCCACUGUCUAAUCCCAGCCACACAAAGCACCCACACAAGUCUCCACAGUCUGCUUCCCCACAGGAAGCGGAAUUGCAAAUAAACGGAUUGUUGCAGACCUCACUGGAUACGAUGAGCCAUUCAAAAGUGAAUGAAAUGCCAGAAUGUGGAAAAGAAGAUCUUUGUUUUGCAGGGAACCCAAAGGUGGUGAGGGAAGCCCCGUUGACCAACGGACACGCUCAUCUUGUUAACGGUGCCUUAAAGCCGGAGGACCUGUCGCCUGUUACUGAUCAACCCUCUUUUGACAAGGACCCGUCCAAAUGCAAAUUCAAGAGUCCGCCGAAUAAACCUCAGAGUACUCCAGGCAAGUUCCAGACCCAGCCUGACCCGUACGAGUUCCCCCACAGUCCUCCAAAGCAGUCCGAGCAGUCCUCUGGAACCGGCGGGCAGAGGCCGAAACCUCCACCGCCCGCUCACCACGAGGCAGUAAAAGCCACCGAAACCCACCCGCUCCCAAAGCAGCUCCAGCCGCCAGCUCAGGUUGAUAUCAUUUCUGAAAAGACUCAUAUUUCCCCUUCGUCUUGCUCUGUCUCACAUUCUCCAGUUCGACUGAACGGGAGCCACCACAAAGCCUUGUCACCGGACCCCGCCUCCAUCAGCGCGACUCAUUUAUCGGCCAAACCCGAUCCUCCCGCCAACGAGUCGCUCUCGACGCCAAACAGGUCUUCGGUGCAGCUCCUCGAGCAGACGGGGGGUUUGAUUUCAGAGUUCUACUCCCACUCGCGCUUGCACCAGAUCUCCACGUGGAGGACGGGCUUUUCUGAAUAUGUCAAUGAACUGCAUAGCAAACGGAAAGUGGCGGGAGGCGUCUGCUUUCCUGGGAGGGACCGGCUGAGGAAGUCGGCGGCGCAGGGAUCUACAGAGAGUCGAGGCACGUCUGCACCAAUUGGCGUUAAAUCUUGCAUUCUCCACGUGGACAUGGACUGCUUCUUUGUAUCCGUGGGGAUCCGACAUCGACCGGACCUGAAAGGAAAGCCUGUAGCAGUGACCAGUAACCGUGGACAGGGCAAAGUGCCCGUGAGACCUGGGGCAAACCCUCUAGUGGAGCAGAAGUACUAUCAGAGGAAAUAUACUCAUCCUGAACCUGAGGGGACAGACGAUGAUCUACACAGAACUCCGACGCAAGAGAGCCCCGAGUCCCACGCCAACGGAGUGGAUCAAGACGCCGCCGCUCUAUCAAUGGCAGAGAUCGCCUCCUGCAGUUACGAGGCUAGGCAGGCAGGCGUGAGGAACGGGAUGUUUUUCGGAAAAGCAAAACAGUUGUGCCCCUCGCUGCAAGCCGUCCCGUAUGAUUUUGAGGCCUAUAAAGAGGUGGCGCUCAACAUGUAUGAUAUUCUGGCUGGUUAUACCCACGACAUCGAGGCUCUCAGCUGUGAUGAAGUGUUGAUAGACGGUUCUGCUCUGCUAGCGGAGGUGGGCGUCAACCCGGACGAUCUGGCCAGAGCAAUCAGGGCCGACAUCAAGGAGAAAACGGGGUGCUGUGCUUCAGUGGGCAUGGGGUCCAACAUCCUUUUGGCUCGACUGGCAACCCGCAAGGCCAAGCCAAACGGGCAGUACUUCCUCAAGUCUGAAGAAGUGGAUGAUUUUAUCAGGGACCUGCCAGUGACCAGCUUACCAGGUGUUGGGCCUGUUAUGGGUAGGAAGCUAGCUGCUAUGGGUGUGAGGUCUUGUGGGGACCUCCAGCAAGUGUCUCUUUCUCAGCUGCAAAAGAAGUUUGGACCCCGCACCGGUCAAACCCUAUUCCGCUUCUGCAGAGGUCUGGAUGACCGGCCCGUCCGCUACGAGAAGGAAAGGAAAUCUGUCUCGGCAGAAAUGAACUACAACAUUCGCUUCACCGGGGUCGAUGAGGCCGAGUCUUUUCUGACUAACUUAUCCAUGGAGGUGCAAAAACGUCUGCAAGAUGCAGGACUGCGAGGCCGCAGAGUCACCCUCAAGGUCAUGGUUCGCAAGAUUGGAGCUCCACUGGAACCGGCUAAAUAUGGUGGUCAUGGCAUCUGUGAUAAUCUAGCCAGGACUGUGAUGCUCGCUCAGUCCACUGACAGCGGUGAGCUGAUUGCCGCUGCAGUCAUCAAGCUGUUCCACGCCAUGAAGCUGCAGGUGCAGGACAUGAGAGGUGUCGGCAUCCAGGUCCAGGUUCUUGAGGGAAAUCAGUCAGCUGCUCAGGACUCAAAGGGCCUUCGGAUACGCUCCAUCAAAGACAUGUUGGUGGGCCAGGGACAGAGCACCAGAACCAGUAGCAGAGAUGUUGCAGACACACACAGGGAAAAGAGUUCCUCUAAAACAGCCCCGUCGUCCAGCUCCUCUCCACAUCCUUUGUCGCCUGCUGAGCCGGUCCCAGGAACAAGCAAAGACCACCCAGCGUCCAGACAAACUCCAAAACAUUCCCGAACACGUCUCAACUUCAGUAUCGAGGUCCCUUCCCCCUCACAGGUGGAUCGCUCUGUGUUGGAGGCUCUGCCCGCAGAGCUGAGGGAACAAGUGGAGCAGUCGUGGAUUAAGAGAGACGGGAGAACGAAUAACUGCCACACACCUGAUCCUCACCGCUACACUCCUAACUCCCGUCCAGCCACCCCUCCCCGUCCUCCUCUUACCCCUGUACCUGCACGGUACACUUCGCCUGCAGGAACGUUGGUUCUGCAGAUCCCGAACCAGCCAGACAGCCCGGGAAUUGUACUGGAACUACCUAGCUUCUCGCAGGUGGAUCCCGACGUAUUUGCCGCCCUUCCCAAAGAGCUACAGGAGGAACUAAAGUCUGCCUACAGCCGUGUAACAAACGUCCAACCCCAAGGGAUAAUGUCGGAGCAGAGGAAUCCACUGCUGCAGCUAAAACAGCCCGGUAUGGGAAUUGGCAUUGGUCGAGUGAAGCGGCGCUACAAGAGGAAGAACGUCAGUCCUCUUAAAAAGGGAGCUUCACCACUAAAGAGGCGUCAAGCGACAAACAGCCCGGCCAAGUCCAUUCCAUCCCCUGUAAAAACACGGGGUCAGAACAUACUGAAGACCGAAAAUGGUGCAUCAGCGUCGACCUCAAAACCUGACAUCCAAGUAUCUGUGACUAAUCUGACUGCCCGUCCUGCUCCGGCGUUGGCCGGAGCCUGUGACCUGACAGACAUUAAAACUCUCCUGCGAGAGUGGGUCACCACCAUAACAGAACCCAUGGAGGAGGACAUCCUGCAGGUGGUGAAAUACUGCACUGAUCUGAUUGAAGAUAAAGACCUGGAAAAGUUGGAUCUGAUUAUAAAAUAUAUGAAGAGGAUCAUGCAGCAGUCGGUGGAGUCUGUGUGGAGUAUGGCUUUCGACUUUAUCUUAGACAACGUGCAGGUGGUGGUGCAGCAAGCGUAUGGUAGCACCCUGAAGGUAUCAUGAAGAAGUACAGAUUUUAUAGCUUGGCCAUUACAGCUACACUUUUUUUUUUUUUUUUGUCUUUCUACCUUCACGUGGUUAUCAGAUCAUGACAUCACAUUGUGAUUUUCAGUUUUGUGCCUCCCGGGAGCGAGGCGCAAAUAAUGGUUACAUGCACACAAUACAAGGACGAGCCAUGACAGUAUUCAGAAUGUACAACGCUAACAAUACUCUUCAAAUGUCAAGAACUUCAAACUGAAGUUCUCAAAAUCUACUCCCCGUCACCCACAACUGUGAUAAUCAUACCAGCUUUUUCCAAAUUCAUUUAAGCUUCAUAACACUCAGCUCCAUACGUGUGUCUCAUUUCACCUGAAGGUCCUUACAGGUAUUGCUUACAUGUUUCUUGCACAUCUCUGUUCUAAAGUUUUUCUUUUUCUUGGUGAGUGUUUUUCAUCUGAUAAAGCAACUUUUGUCAUCAGUCCAAGGAUAAGAUUUUUAAAAAAAAGAAUGAUGAACACUUUUAUCAUGUUUCGAUGCAAAUCAUCUUUUAGCAGUUUUUCAGUCUGUUGGUUUUGUAGCACACCUCAUAUAUCACACAUAAAAUGAUCUCAGAAACUGUAGGACAAAAAUGUCACUUUUUUUUUUUGUUUGUUUUUUAUUGUUCAUUUGGUGCUCCUCGCCGCUAGCACUUAUCUGUGAAGUAUCUGCAGCUGCUGCAUACGGUAGUAUCUUUUUUUUUUGUCUCUUUCAAAGAAAGUGCCAAAUCUUGUUAUUAUGGUGUGUAAAUAAUGUUUUUAAAGAUCCUUGUCAAAAAAUGUAUGCAGAGGAAUUACCUCUUGUAUUGUUUACCAGUAGUGAUUUCUUAGUAACUGUCUUUAAAUUGUAACUCUUCUCUCUCUAAUUGUUCCAACAUGGAAAUCUGAAGCUGGCCAAAGCACUUCACAUGAGGUUAACUGUUGAUUCUCAGUAGCACUCUGAUUCGGGAGGACAUUGACAACGGGUCAUGGCAAUCAAUAAGUAGCCUAUGCAUUUCUUCUUUUUUCCACAAACAACUGAGAUGUCCCUUAGAGAUAAUGUAACCUUUCAUAAAGCAUUUGUAUUUGGAGUAAAUCUAAUAUUCUGUGUUUUCACUGGUUUCUUAAGUCUGAAAUGAUGCUGGAAUUGCAUAGGAACGGGUGAUCUGAUUUUUAACUCUAUGACCUAUCUUGUAUAUUUCACACUCUGGAGACAUUUGUCUGACCUGUGGCCACAUUGUUAGUGUGUUUCUGUAAAGGACAUUUUGAUUUUGACAUGAUUUCACCAGAUCUCACCGUGGAAGACCAUAUGCGUGUUGUUGAGACUUUUGUUUCAAGGAGUAUCCCUAUAUGCAAACCAAAUCAAUCCGUCUUUUUAAACUUGUUGAUAUGAAUGUAAUUCAGAAUGUGUGAGUCACCGCUCACUUUCAGGACGUUGCUUCUCUUCACCAUUCAUAUCUUUCCUGAAGUUAAUGGCCAGAAGUUACAAUUGGCCAGUCUUGUCUUCUCUAAACUGGCUUGUGCCUGAAGACCUGAAGCUGUGAACUUUGUUUGUACGUUUUCUAAAUCUUGGUAAUAAACUGUAAAGUCUGUAUUAAUGUA